AUGCCUAACUUCCACAAACAAUUUUUAUUACCGUUUGAAAGACACCUGGGUCGCAUAUAUGGUUCUUCUGCAAAUGGAACUUCAGUUCCUACAUCCACAUCCAGUUCUCCUCCUCCAUCAACUACUGACCUCACUUCACCAUCUGCACCUAGUUCGCCUCCUUUGUUGACCAUGGACCUCAUUCCAACAUCCACACUCACUUUGUCUCUUCCUCCAUCGACUACCAACCUUGCUGUACCAACUCCAUCUCCUCCAUCAACCAUGGACCUCAAUUCACUAGAUGAACUGCCAGGCCAGCCAAGUGUCCCCCUGCUACCUAGGCAGGAGUUUAAUACCUCUGGCCAGACACUUAAUCCCAUUCCUUUGAUAAGGCAGCCCAAGGGAUCCACACACAUCUACAACACCAACUUCAACAUUGUGCCACAAUGGAACCAAUGGCAACAUUACCUGAACCCCAACCCAUCUUAUGCAUCUCCCCAUUCAUCACCUCUAAUGGAUCUAGACUCACUGAUCACAUCUUGGAGAAGGGACUUUGUGGAUGGCAGAAAUAUAACUUUGUCUGUUGCACUCCAAAGCGCCGCUGUUACACAGCCUCAAGUGUGUUCCCCAUCACUCACAUUGUUGACACUGGAGAGCACUCUGUUACCCCAGCCCUUACUCCCAGACUCGCCAGUUUUAUCUUCAAUCAAUGUUGAUGUGUUGCCUGUCCACGAGGCCACAUUGGUGCAUAAUUCAGAGCCCUUGAUAUCCUCAGAACUCGUUGUCAUGACACAAGCUAGAUGCUCGGGACGCCCAAGACAUCCUUUGACUCGAGCAACGGAGGCCAACAAAAUUGGUGAUGCCAGCUUGCAGCAAAGAACAAAGGCAGCACCUAAGAGGAAGCACAACACUGUGCAGCCCAGUGCUUUGGGGCUGAGGAAGAAGUCUCGGAAAUGA